GGCAAUUUUACCGGACUUCGCAGCUCCGGGGGGGAUCCGGGGGGCACCUGGAGGGUUCGUGACGCGCCGAACUGUAGCAGAAGGGGUUUCGUCAUUAAAUAUUAAGAGACGGGAGAUCCUAACGCUGCAGCCCUUCUUAUCAAUGCAAAUACCUCUCUUUUGUGUGCAGCCACAGCGCCUGUCUGGGAGCUGAGUUGAAUUUCUAAUUAUGUGUGACUGAAACAAACUGUGCCAAGGACCUCUUCAAAAGCGCCAGAUUGCGGAAAAUAGGCAGCAUUUUCACGAAUGCCAGGUAGCCCGUGACUGUGGUGGUACAGAGAGCCAUGAACUCCCAGGAUGCUCCACUCACCGUCAAUGAGCAGGUUAUUGUCAUGUCUGGUCACGAGACUAUUCGGGUCCUAGAAGUAGAGGUGGAUGCCUCUCUGCCUUCAUCAGCACAAGAUGGGAAGUCGGAGCACAAACCUGAGGAGGUGGUGGAUCAGUUUACGGAGAAAUCUGAGGCCAGUAGCCCUCAGAGCAGCCCCGUGGUGCCCCAGAGAGCCGGGGAAGCAGUGAUGGCUGAGCAGCAGGUGGCGUCUGUGGAUGCUGCGGUCUCUGCUGUCCAAACGCUGACUCCUGCUGCUCCCAUCAGCGUGUCCCUGUCCCAGCCCCACGCUGCCAUGCCCAUCGCGGUACAAGGCUGUCCCCAGGUUCUGACACAGGAGGGUCUAGCUUCUCUUAUGACCGGCAUGAUGGCUCAGACGGGGUCACUGGGUCAGCCUCUACUCAUCCCUCUCAACAUGGCUGGCUCCAUCGGGGGCCAGGGUGGCCUAGCUGUCCUCACCCUCCCCACCACCAACGUAGCUACUCUCCCUGGUCUCACUGCAGCAAACCCAGCCGGAAACCUCCUCAAGCUUCCCUUUGCUGGCCUUCAAGCUGCAACAGUCCUGAACUCAGUCCAGCCUCAGCUGCAGACCAGUGCCCAGACGGUUUUCCAGCCCCAAACGGCCUCCAUCCAGCCCAUACAGCAGCUGCCACCUCCGCAAACGCAGGCCGCUAACGCGCAGGUCACCGGUGCUCCGGCCACGUCUGCAGCCUCCACCAUCUCUCAGUCCAACAUAUCAGUAGCAGCACUCCAGACAGCGGGACUGUCCAUCAACCCGGCCAUCAUCAACGCUGCCUCUUUGGGAGCGCAGCCUCAGUUUCUCAGUACCCUCACAUCCUCUCCCAUCAUCAACAGUGCCAUAACCAGCAUGGCUGGCCUCACCAGUCAGAUCAUCACAAACACACAGGGACAGGUCAUCGGGACCCUCCCACUGCUGGUGAACCCAGCCUCUCUAGGCGCAGGUGCAGCAGCUCCCGCUCUCCCCCUGCAGGGUCUUCAGGUCCAGACCGUCACCCCACAGCUGCUCUUCAACACCCAGGGCCAAAUUAUUGCAGCUGUAGGUAAUGGACCUGCAGCUGUUGCAACUUCUGCUUCAGUUCUGCCUAAAACAUCAGCUCCCCCAACACUUAACAAGUCUAGCUCACAGGCUUCAGUAACAAGUGUUACGCAGUCACCGGUGGUCAUUGCGCCACAGCCUUCUUUACUGAAGAGCCCGACCACGCUCUCCUCUGCAACGCCCAUCACCUGUGGAGACAUGGCGAAAGUGGGCCAGCUCGUCAGCAAACCCCAGCAGACAGUCAGCAGCGAGGAAGGCAUUAAUUUGGAGGAAAUUCGAGAGUUCGCCAAGAAUUUCAAGAUCCGACGGCUGUCCUUGGGUCUUACGCAGACACAAGUAGGGCAGGCCCUCACUGCAACAGAGGGGCCAGCCUACAGCCAGUCAGCCAUCUGCAGGUUUGAAAAGCUGGACAUUACCCCCAAGAGCGCUCAGAAGCUGAAGCCGGUGCUGGAGAAGUGGCUGGCCGAGGCCGAGCACUGGAACCAGAAGGGCCAGCAGAACCUGAUGGAGUUUGUCGGUGGCGAACCGUCCAAGAAGCGCAAGCGGCGUACCAGUUUCACGCCUCAGGCCAUAGAAGUCCUUAACUCCUACUUUGAGAAGAACGCUCUGCCCACAGGUCAGGAGAUCACAGAGAUUGCACGAGAGCUAAACUAUGACAGAGAGGUGGUGCGGGUGUGGUUCUGCAACCGACGACAGACGCUGAAAAACACCAGCAAGAUCAAUGUCUUCCAGGUCUAGUGGCGACGUCCUUUUGGGAGGAUUCUCCACUCGUCGUUUGUCCUUUUGGGAAUUUGAACGCAGCACCACAGAUGCAGACUGAGUUGAGGUUGAAGAAAAUAUUUUAUUUUUUAGAAAUGAAGAAAAUGACACAUUAAAUGAACGCUAGGAGUUGGAGCAGUGAUGCAUAUUCAGUUAUCCUGCAUGCUCCAUUUAACUCAUAAGUUACAAUGAACCCUCUGGAGGCAGGUGUUGCAGAUUUGCAAUGUUAAAUUCUACCUACCUGGUUACUCCACACACGUAUUUCAUGAGCAUUUUUCACUCAGAAGUACCGCUGAAGGACUUAGUUGUUAGUCCUUUUAUCAAAACUUAUUUGAGCCUGAGAGGGAUAAACAGGCAGUUUUAUAAGCUAACUCCUCUGAUGUGUUGCAUAUUUGGUCCCACUGGUUUAAGAUAUAUAUGUUUGUCUCGGUAAAUAACGGCAUCGUCGUUUAAUUCCUUCUUUAGACGUGAAUGUUUUCCUUUUCUGAUGGUUUUUGAUCUUCAUCAGAGCUACCCUGGACUCCUGAUGCUGCCCCCGAGCUUUGGGACAAUCACCACUCUGGUGUUUCUCAGUGGAUAAUCACUCCCCCCAACAUGAAGCAUUAAUAUGCUGUUUUUUUUUUGUUUUUUUAACCACAGUGUGCACUCUGACUGACUGGUUUCUGUCAAAUUUGCCAAUUGCCUAUUUUGCCAAAAUUGUGAACUACUUUUUAACUUUAACUUGGUUUAAUUUUACGUGACUUUCUUAAAUAUGUGUGUAGGAUUUCUAUUCCUCUGUGUUUAUUCCCUUUCUAACUGGAAUGUUUAUUCCCGGUUUCUUAGAUGUUUUAAUUCUAAAAUUAAUCAAAUUGUGUGAGAGAGUAAAAAAAAGUAUUGAACAUUUCAGCAGAGGAAGAUUUUGUACAUUAUUGUGUUAUGACUUUCAGUUUUGAAUGAGUUGGUGGACAGUUUGCGUAUGCAAUAUGAAGUUAUUGUCAUUUGGGGACAAAACAUUGGCAAUUACCCUUCUCUUUGCAACUGUUUGGAGGGUCGUUUGCACUUUAGUAAGACCAGGGAAAGUGAAAGAGUAUAAAUGUUUCAGUUCUGUUUAGUGACACAUUUGUUGUAUAGAUAAAAUCCAAUGCUUUUCAUUUAUCUCCCUGGAUCAGUAAGAAGCUGUGCAAAAUGUAGCAGUACUGGCAAACAUGCAAGCUUAUUAUUCACUUUUAAAGCAGAUUGAAUUGCAGCUAGAUAGAACAAGGUCGUAUGCUUUAGCUACAGAAAUGUUUGUAGAAUCAUAAGUUAAAUGAUGCAUUUAAUACCUCAUAUUUGCCUUUUGACUGACGUAAGGCCUUUAUUGGAGCACAACUAAUUAUACAAGUGUUAAAAAAGUUUUAGUUUUAAUCUCUUCAAUCCCAACAAUUAAAGGACAUAUAUAACAUUGUUUACUUUCCUAAGUUAUCCAACAGAUGGGUAAAAUAUUCAAAUGAAAGCUAAUAUUAGAUUGCGAAGCCGCCAAAUGCCAGGUUUUUUGUGAAAAACAAAUCGGAUCAGUUUUAUGGUUGUUGUUAUUUUUCAUUAUAAAAUAAACCCUCUUUAUAAAC